GGCUAACUUUACGACGCCUAGCUUUGCGACAGUUGCAAAAAGCGGAAGUGUCAGCGGCGACUAGCAGCAGUUGGUGAAGAAUGAUCAAUGUGACGCUGGCAUGUCAACAAUGUGGCUCCAGCAGCGACUGAAGGGGCUCCCCGGCUUGCUAUCGAGCAGCUGGGCUCGAAGAAUGAUCCUGGGACUGCUCAUCUUCCUCAUCUUCUACUGGUACCUGGGUGCUGAGCGCAAGUGGCGCUUCUUUAGCGGCUCGGCCAUGCCCGGCGGGGCGGUGGGACUGUGUCUGGAGGCGGAGAUCCACAGGUGGAAGUCCCUUGUGGAACGUGGGGAGGGUUUGUACAGCACAUCCCAGGAACAAGUGGACACACCCUUUGUCACGGGCAACGGCCAUAUUCUUAUUGACACUGACUCCAACAGACUGUGGGUGGCGUCCUCCUCACAGCCCGGGUCAGCCCCGGUCCACCAGGCGGAUUAUUCCCCCAUCGUGAGCGUUCAUCUGGAGGGAAAGCAGGCUGAAGCACGGGCGACCAUGAUGUGGUUCCGGAAAGGAUCCGUGCUAUCGGUCCGCUGUGCCGCACGGGGGGCGGUGCAGUCCUCCCGGGGCUGCGUCACCAUCAGAGAGGAGUUUAUGGCCCACAGGAGCCGACACAACGUCUAUCUUCAGAGAGUCCACAUCAACAACCCCACUGACAAGCCGGCCACCUUCGAGGUGUCCUCCAAAACCACAGACUUUGACAGAAAGUUCUCCACCAGCGUGGACAAAGUGGAGAACAAGGAGAUCGUCCUGGCGUCAGGGAGAGUGUCCCUGGAGAAGAACCGCAUGGUGCUGGUGGUGGUGGUCACCAAGAAGCUCAGCGGCAGGAUCCAGGUCUUUCCCAACUCCGAGUACACGGACAACAUCGUGUCUGUGGUGAGGACUUCGCAGCCCAUCGAGCCUUCGAAGCUGGACGAGACCUUCGUGAGCCUGAGGGAUGAAGCCAAAAAAGAGCUGGGAGAGCUGCUGAAGGCAAAUGUGGACGACCUGGUCAUAGACCACCAACAGGCCUGGAUGGACCUCUUCAUUUCCGGCGUGGAGAUGAGGAAGAUCACGGACUCGCACACGCCGUCGAGCCGCACGGUGAACGCCACGCUCUACUACAUGCUGUCGUCCUGGGCGGCUCCCUUGCUGGAGCGGCGGCUGGGCAGCGAGGAGCGCGGCGCCCUGGAGUCCAGCCUCAACUACGCCGACCACUGCUUCAGCGGCCACGCCACCAUGCACGCCGAGAACCUGUGGCCCGAGCGGGUGAGCAGCGCCGCCCAGAUCCUGCAGCUGGUCACGCUCUGGACCCUGACGCUGCAGAAGCGCGGCUGCAAGGCGCUGGUGGCGGCCGGCGCCCACGGGGCCAUGCAGGGCAUGGCGCUCAGCUUCGGGGGGCUGCAGUUCACGGAGAACCACCUGCAGUUCCAGGCGGACCCGGACGUGCUGCACAACAGCUACGCCCUGAGGGGGAUCCGCUACAACCGCGACCUCAUCAACCUGGCGGUCCUGCUGGACGGCGAGGGCAAGCCCUUCCUCCACGUGUCCGUCAAGCCGCAGGAGAAGCCCGUCAAGCUGUACGCCUGCGAGGCCGGCUGCCUCAACGAGCCCGUGGAGCUCACCUCGGAGGUCAAGGGUCACACCUUCCCCGUCAUGGUCACGCAGCCCAUCACCCCGCUGCUCUACAUCUCCCCCGACCUGCGCCACCUGCAGGACCUGCGCCACACGCUGCACCUGAAGGCCAUCCUGGCCCACGAGGAGCACAUGGCCAACAGAUACCCGGGCCUGCCCUUCCUCUUCUGGUUCAGCGUGGCCUCGCUCAUCACGCUCUUCCACCUCUUCCUCUUCAAGCUCAUUUACAACGAGUACUGUGGCCCCGGCGCCAAGCCCCUCUUCCGCAGCAAGCACAGCUCUCUCUCUUCCCAUCACAACAUGCCUUUCUCCUCCACUCAAUACCAGUCCUAACCUACUAGUUACAAUCAGUAUUUCACAGCACUAACUCUAAAUCAGGGGUGUCCAAACUAUCUAGUGGUCAACGUGAGUAAUUCAGCUCAAGGACCUUUAAUGGUGCGCUGCACAGCAUUAACUUAUAUGACCUAAUGCAAACACCCUUCCCAAGUCAAGGUGCCAAAAAAUAAGAAUAAGAGCAAAAUGUCAACAGACAUGGUCACACACAACACAACCUGAUCGGAUACAAAUAUCCAGGCACCAUAAACAAUUCUAAAUGACAUCCAUUUCAAUCCAUUACAAAGCAUGAUGGGAAAAUGCAAAACUCUCCACACUUAUUCAUGUUUGGUGUGUUUUAGCUGCUUGAUUCUUCUGAUUGAUUACAAAACUUUAUACACACACAUAUAUA